AUGUGCGACGUGGAGGAUGUCCUUGCCGGCUGCGAUCUCACAGAGAUCGCAGAGCAGUACGAGUCCGGCGCGUGCUGCCGCUCUGACGUCGACUACGGAUACGGCUUUACUUGUUUCGUCCCGAUCCUGAUGAUGCUGCUCUUCUCCGAGGGCAACGCGUGGGCCGGCUUCCGCGGCUUCUUCGACACUGCCCUGAGUGCCGCCAUCGAUGGGUACUCCCAAAUAUUCGUCUUCGUCUUCCUGAUGCAGAUGAUUGCGCUUGCCGACCUCAUGUCUAAGGGCAUCAAGGACUCCUUCAUGUGCCAGUUCUUCACCUGGCUCUUCGGAUUCGUGAUCUUCUUCGACGACUACGCCAACACGCAGGUCGUCGGCGCGUGCAUGCUCUCGGUGGCACAAAAGAUGCGCGUCUCCAAGGAGAAGCUUGCCUUCACGGUCGACUGCACCGCCGCGCCGGUGGCGUCCCUUCUGCUCGUCUCGACGUGGAUCGCCUACGAACUACAGCAGAUCGGAGACGCCCUGGCACUGACGACCCCGCCGUACACGAGUGCGACCGCAACAGACGUCUUCCUGAAAUCGGUGCCUUACCGCUUCUACUCGUGGUUCAUGCUCUUCUUUGUGGUCAUCAUGGCCAUCUCGGGCCGCGACUGGGGACCAAUGUACUUCGCCGAGCUGAAGGCGCGCAAGGAGGGCUGGGAAGAGAACAAGCUGGUCGCGACCGGACCGUCGGACUCGAUCGAGCCCGUCAAGGCGAAGGCCGGCAUCCCCAAGGGCCGCUGGUGGAACGGCGCUAUCGUGCCCGUACUCUUCCUGGCCACUAUCCUCCCCUUCCUCGAAUACAGCGGCGACGAACUCGACGCGAUGGAAGGCAAAGCAGACGCGGCCGCCGAUCCCAACGUCACCUGGUCUGGGGACUUCGUCGACAUCAUUGGCAACGCGGACAGCUGGGCGGUCCUCUCGUGGGUUGGCGGCCUCGGCGUCAUCGCGGUUACCCUCCUGUACUUUGUGCAGUGGAUCCCCGUCCCCGAGGGAGACGACUCGUGGGUCGGUAAGAAGGUUGGCAAGGUGCCGCUCAUGUGGCCGGCUGAGGUCAUCAAGGCGGGCUGCCAUCAGAUGGGGUCCCUCUUCGAAGUCGUCUGGAUCCUCAUCUUCGCAAAGUCCAUCGCCAAACUCUCAGAGGAGCUCGGAAUGCCCGACUACCUCGGAUGCGCCCUCAAGGGCACGGAUCCCGCCAUCGUUCCGGCUAUCACUUUUGUGCUCGCCUGGCUCUGCUCGCUCGGCACUGGCACGUCCUGGCGCGUGCUUGGCGCGGGUACCAUGGCCGUCAUGUUCCCGAUCUCGAUCCCGCUGGCCAUCAACCUGUCCCGCGACGAGGGCAUCGAAGACGGCUCUGACGAAGGUCUCAACAUCCUCUAUACCACCGCCGCCGCCGUGCUGGGCGGCUCGGUGUGGGGCGACCACUCCUCCAUCGUGUCGGACACCACCUGCCUCGCCGCGGCGGCUUGCCAGUGCAGCGUCUUCGACCACUUCAAGACCCAGAUCCCGUACUCGAUGUUCUGCGGCCUCAGCGCGCUCCUCCUUGGCUUCCUGCCCACCGCCUAUGGAAUGCCGGCGGGUCUGGGCAUCUUCUUCGCGCUCUCUGUCGCCCCAGCCAUCUCGAUUGCGAUCUCCUACAUCCCUGGCUUUGGCGGCGCUGUCCCGACGUACUCGCCAACCAGCGGCGAGAUCGGGACCGGCAUUUGGGGCAUCAAGGCGUCCGUCAUGUCGUACUGCAAGACCGCGCCAGACCCAAAGGUCGACGCCAAGGCUGAGGCCCGCGUGACUGAGGCUUCUGAGGCCGCGUGA